GAUGCUUUGCUCCACACCUGCGUCACAGCAUGGCGAGCCAUGCUGCCGGGCUUUGACCAGAUUCCAUGAUCAGCAAUGCUUGUUUGAUACUUUGUCCCUAUUCCUUUGUCUGCGAAUCCGACAGAGCAGAAGUAGACUGCCGAAUGCGGCAAAUGUAGCCAUGGCAGCCAGAGCCCCUGUUCCUGCCCAUUCCUUUAUGGAAGCCAAUUGGAGAGUAGGCCCGAGCUGGAUCACAGGAAACUCGUCUGGGUCCGUCAUAACUGGAAUCGCUCUCCGAGUCAGGCUGGGGAGCACAGAGGCCCAGCAGACCACCCUCUACCCGCUUGUGGGCCGCAUAUUUGUGCACACCUUGGACCACGCGACCUUCUUCCACCCGCCUGAGGACACUGCCACCCUGCCCUCAGCAAGCAUCACCUACCACGCCCGUCUUCAGGGACACCCGGACCUGCCCAGGUGGCUCCGCUACACCCAGCGCAGCCCCUCCCAGCCUGGCUUCCUCUAUGGCACUGCCACCCCAGGGGACCGUGGGCGCCAGAUCAUUGAGGUCACUGCCUAUAAUCGGGACACCUUUGACACCACUCAGCAGACGCUGGUGCUGUUGAUUCAGGACCCUGAAGGGUCCCGGCUGCCAUACCAAGCUGAGUUCCUGGUGCGCAGCCAUGACGUGGAGGAGGUGCUGCCCUCCACGCCCACCAGCCGCUUCCUCAUGGCUCUGGGGGGCCUCUGGGAGCCAGGGGAGCUCCAGGUGCUUAACAUCACUUCUGCCUUGGACUGCGGUGGCCGAGUCCCCCUCCCCAUCGAGGGCCGCAAGGAGGGGGUGUACAUCAAGGUGGGCUCGGCCUCGCCCUUCUCCACCUGCCUGAAGAUGGUGGCAUCCCCAGACAGCCAGGCCCGCUGUGCCCAGGGCCAGUCCCCACUCCUGUCCUGCUAUGACACCUUGGCGCCCCACUUCCGCAUUGACUGGUGCAACGUGUCCCUGGUGGAUAAAUCCGUGCCGGCGCCCGAGGAUGAGGUCUCUACCCUAGGCGAUGGCAUCCUGGAAUACGACCCGUUCUUCUGCCCGCCGACUGAGGCCACGGCCCGAGACUUCCUCACAGAUGCUCUGGUCACCCUCCUCGUGCCUCUGCUGGUGGCUCUGCUGCUUACCCUGAUACUGGCCUAUGUCAUGUGUUGUCGGCGGGAGGGACGACUGAAGAGAGACCUGGCCACGUCUGACAUCCAGAUGGUCCACCACAGCACCAUCCAUGGGAACACGGAGGAGCUGCGGCAGAUGGCGGCCACGCGCGAGGUCCCCCGGCCUCUUUCCACCCUGCCCAUGUUCAACGUGCGCACAGGCGAGCGACUGCCGCCCCGCGUGGACAGCGCCCAGGUGCCCCUCAUCCUGGACCAGCACUGAAAGCCCGGCCAGAGAGCUGCUGACCCUGGGCCUCAGCUGACUCCAUUCCUGUCCGAUUGGAUCCCCCGCUAUUCCCCACUUGCUCGGAAGAAGCAGAAGGAUGGGGGGUUCUGGAGCCAGGGCCCCCAGAAUAAAUACCUACUGCUUGCUCCUCUA